AUGGAGGCUUUCCAGUUGUUGUCUAGAGGCGGCGCACAGUUCAACAAGAAGCGUUUUCAAAAUGAUGUGCAAAGGUUCAACGUGCGUUUCCUUAAUCUUGCAGAUUCCUCAUGUCGCUCAAUGGUCAAUCAGUCCAAGACAGCAUCCAGUUCUUCAAGGAAAGAAGGAAACUCGCCGCUUCCCACUGAGCUUGAUUUCUUCAAGUAUGCGCAAGGAGGAACCGGAAAGCGCAAGACCAAUGUUGCCUCUGACGGGAGGCAAACCAAGAAGCGGAAAGUUGAAGAUGCCAUUGAGGAAGGCAAUGACGACGAAGAGCCUACGCAACCCAGCAAUGUCUCGAAAUCACCAAUACAUCGGCAUCGUGUUACAAGCAAAGGAGAAGAUGUACCAGAGCCUGCCGAUAGCUUCGAACAACUGGCAGAACGCUACAAUAUACCUUCCCUUCUUGAGGUCAAUCUGACAAAAAGUGGUUUUAUAGAGCCCACUGGUAUACAAGCUCACGGAAUGCCAAUAUUACUCGAGUCUCGAGAUCUUGCUGCCAUAUCGCCGACCGGAACCGGAAAAACAUUAUCAUACCUUCUCCCUGUGAUAUCCUCUCUUGGUGCACCAAUAUCUGCUACGGAAAAUGAAGAAUAUGGUUUCGGAGUCAGAGCUGUUGUUCUUGCUCCGACAAAAGAAUUAGCGCAUCAGAUUCACAACGAAUGCCUGAAGUUAUGCCAUGGACGAAAAUGGCGAGUCAUCCUGUUCAGCAAAGCAACCGCGAACACGCUAUCCGACAAGCGCGCUAGGGACAAAGUCGAUAUCAUCAUUAGUACCCCAUUACGAUUGGUAUCCUCCCUGAAAUCUGGAAGCAUGGAGCUAAACAAUGUCCGUUUUCUUAUUCUCGACGAAGCCGAUCGAAUGCUAGAUGCAGAGUUUUUGCCGCAAAUUCAAGAAAUUGUCGCCGCUUGUACUCACUCAAACUUGCAAAAGGCAGUCUUUAGUGCGACGCUUCCUGCUGGUGCUGAAAAAACCGCCAUGGAAAUGCUUCACAACCCCGUCAGGAUAGUCGUGGGUCUUAAGGACACGCCACUUCCUCUAAUUGCACAAUCUCUCACAUACGUUGCCGAUGAUCCCUCCAAGCUACCCAGUCUUCUAACCUAUCUUGCUCAACCAUACAACCCUCCCGUUUUGAUCUUUACGUCGACACAGCCCCGAGCGACUUCACUUGCAGAAGAACUAGUCCUCAAUAGUGUACCAAACGUCGACUGUCUUCAUGCCGGAAUGUCAGACAAGGAGCGUGAAGAUGCCAUCACCCGUAUGCGGCAAGGCCAAAGCUGGGUAAUGGUAUCGACCGAAGUCAUGGCCCGUGGAAUGGACUUCAAAGGAGUUCGUGAAGUCAUCAACUACGAUUUUCCUACCAGUGUGCAGAGUUAUAUACAUCGGAUAGGUCGAACUGGACGAGCUGGCAGAGAAGGGAAAGCGGUAACCUUCUUCACUGACGAAGAUGCGCCGUAUCUAAAAUCUAUUGCAAACGUAUUAUUGCAAUCUGGUUCUCCAGUGCCAGAGUGGAUAACGAAACUACCUAAACCUUCCAAGCUCAAGCGAAGGCAGAUGGGAAAAGUGGCGCGGGCUGAAGUGGUCAACGCGGCUCGUAGAAUAGGCCGCCAAGCCGCGAUCAAGAAAAGGGAUAUGAUUGCCGGAUCCAAGAGACGGAAAGCGAAAACCGAGGCAGAGGCAAGAGACAAAGGUUCUAAGGAAGGCGGCGGAGAUACGUCAGAUGAAUAA